AUGGAAGACUCUCUGCUGAAAGAACAGCGGCACACGGUGGAGGAUGACAGAUCCACCAAAAAGGCGCGUUUUAGGGAUGGGGAAGGUGAGGACAAUCCCACGGGGGCCAUGUCCUUUCGAGAUAAAGUCUUACAGACUGAGAGGACUCGUGAAGAUUCGAUUGCUGGGGAUUUUGAUGACUUUGAGGUGGAGGAAGAUGAUAUUACGAUAUGCAGAGGUGAGGGUAUGCCGAAAAUUAGUUUCUCGGAGAAGGUUAAAUCUGAACUUUCAAAGCAAUGGAGAUUAACUGUGAUUGUCAAAUUACUUGGGAGACCUAUUGGGUACAGGAAUUUAUGCAAUAGACUUGAGACGAUGUGGAAUUUUGUGGAAAGAUUUGAUGUCAUUGAUCUAGAGAACAAUUAUUUCCUGGUCAAAUUCAGAAAUGGACAGGAUAUGCAGUCUGUGAUUACGGGUGGUCCGUGGGUGAUGCUUGGGCAUUAUCUCUCUGUGGAAGCUUGGCAUCCUGAAUUCGAUUGCACUAGUGAUCGAAUUCGGUUUAUUAAUGCGUGGAUUAGGCUUCCUCGUAUGCCAAUUCACUAUUAUAAUAAAAAAGUUUUACGACAUAUUGGUGCCAUGGUGGGAAAAGUGAUCAAGAUUGACUAUUGCACGGAAGCAGCGGAGAGAGGAAAAUUUGCAAGAAUUGCAGUUGAAUUGGAUCUUAACAAACCUCUAGUGUCUCAAUUUAGGCUUGAUGGAAAUGUUCAGUUCGUCGAAUAUGAAUGUUUACCCCGAAUUUGUUUCGAAUGUGGUAAAUUUGGCCAUGUUAAGGAAUCUUGCCCUAAGUUGAUCAAAACGACCGGUACCUCAAAUCCGAUCAGCAUGGCUGCCGCUGACAAAGUUGAUAGGGGGAAUGACGAAGGUAGCAAAGAAGGAAACCCUAGUUUUGGCCCGUGGAUGAUGGUGGGUAGAAAAGGAAAGGUUGGAGGUAGUAACAGUAAUUUCCGAAAUGGUCAACAUUCUAAAUCAGUUAAGGAAAAUAAUAUCCCUGGAUCAAGAUUUGAUGUUUUAAAUUCAGAAGAAGUUGAGAUUCUCCAAGAGGUAAAUCAUUCGCCAAAUCUGUUAGCUAAUAAUGUGGAUUCCACCACAAUCAAGGCAGCGAAUAAUGCUAUUAGAGAGCCCAUGUCAAAUAGAAAUCCCCAUGCUAAAAAUGUCCAACAUGCCCCUGAUCAGAGAAAUGCUUCUAAUGCCCCCAGAAAAGCCCUUGCUGAUGUGGCUAACAUUAAAGCCCAACUGGAGACAAAGAAAUUCAUAGUGUCUAAAGCCCAAACCUCCCUUGAUAAUAACAAACAUUCAGUUGUCAAUGUGACUUUUAACAAUCAAAGACAACCUGUAGAUAACUCUGAAAGGUCUAAUGGGCAACAUUACGAGAGUGACAUGAUGAUUGAUACUAACCAGUUAAUGGAACCGGAUCCCCCGGAUGAUAGACAUACUGAUCCUGCUAACAAGGAAAAUAUGACAUCAAGCUUUUAUUUGGAGAAUGUUGGCGAAGUAGCUCCAAUGGAUACUAUGGUUAUUGAAGGCUUGGACUCAAGUGAAGGGGAUGUCCAGAGUGAUGAUAAUAUGAAUGGGAUGGAUGUUGUGGUUGAUUGA